GGUGCGGCCGGAAGAAGACCGGGAGCUGAGAGAAGGCGGUUAAAAAAAAUACAAAAAAGCGGCGUCGCUCGCACCGGCUGCCUCCGCUGAGCCUGUUGCGUCGCCUGACAGGACCCGCCUUUCCCGCCUUUCCCCCCGCGACGUGGGGGGGGCCCCCCAAGCCGGAAGUGCGACUCGCAGCUUCCGGUCCGGUCCUCUCUUGCCUUUCUCUUUCUCUUCCUCCUCCUCUUUCGGCCUCCCUCCCCUCCCCCUUCCCUCCCCACCACCUCCCCUCCCCCCACACCGGAGCCGCUCUCCCAAAAUGGCGCCGCUGGACUUGGAUAAGUACGUGGAGAUAGCCAGGCUCUGCAAGUACCUGCCCGAGAACGACCUCAAGCGAUUGUGCGAUUAUGUCUGUGACCUGCUCCUGGAAGAAUCCAACGUGCAGCCGGUUUCUACCCCUGUUACCGUCUGUGGUGACAUUCAUGGACAGUUUUAUGAUCUAUGUGAAUUAUUCAGAACUGGAGGUCAGGUUCCUGACACGAACUACAUAUUUAUGGGUGAUUUCGUAGACCGAGGCUAUUACAGUCUAGAGACCUUUACUUAUCUUCUUGCCCUGAAAGCAAAGUGGCCGGAUCGAAUCACGCUCUUGCGUGGGAAUCAUGAAAGCAGACAGAUAACCCAAGUCUACGGAUUUUACGAUGAAUGCCAAACAAAAUACGGUAAUGCAAAUGCCUGGAGAUACUGCACUAAAGUCUUCGACAUGCUCACGGUAGCAGCGUUGAUAGAUGAACAGAUCCUCUGCGUGCACGGAGGUCUUUCUCCGGACAUCAAAACACUGGAUCAGAUCCGAACCAUCGAGCGCAACCAAGAGAUUCCUCACAAGGGGGCUUUCUGUGAUCUCGUGUGGUCGGAUCCAGAAGAUGUGGACACCUGGGCCAUUAGUCCUCGAGGAGCCGGGUGGCUUUUCGGUGCUAAAGUCACCAACGAGUUUGUCCACAUCAACAACUUAAAACUGAUCUGCCGGGCUCACCAGCUGGUCCACGAAGGGUAUAAAUUUAUGUUUGACGAGAAGCUGGUAACGGUCUGGUCUGCUCCGAACUACUGCUACCGCUGUGGAAAUAUCGCCUCAAUCAUGGUCUUUAAAGACGUGAACACGAGAGAACCGAAGCUCUUCCGGGCCGUCCCGGAUUCCGAGCGCGUCAUCCCUCCGAGAACCACCACGCCGUAUUUCCUCUGAAAUACCUCCUCCGGCCCUCCUUCCUUUUUCUUUGUGACGUACAUCCUAUGGAGCACUUUGCUGCUGAAAUGCUUCUUCUUCUUUUUUUUUAAUUUUUAUUAUUAUUAUUUUUAAAUUAUCUCAAAUGUAUUGUACAUGGUCCGUAGUGUUGCGUUUCUUAAAUCUGCCUUUUCCCGUGCGCCCAUCCUCCCUUUUCUAGGGCUUCUUUUAAGGUUGCUUUUGAAAUGUCCCACGAGCACUUAACUUGUCAUAUAAAAUAACAUAUAUAUAUAUAUAUUUUUAGUGCUUUUGAUUCCCUGUUUUUGUUUUUAGGGAAAACUCUUUUCCCUUCGAAAUAAAAUCAAAUAAAAAACAGAGCAAGGUGUCAGAACUAGGCUGAUUCUCCUUUAUUUCAUUCAGGAGUUGGCUUUGGGAAUAUAUUUUUUUUCCUUCGGUUUGUUUUGGAUAAGGUUUUUAAGGAAUUUCAGCAGCAAAGUUAAAUUAAUGUGCAUAUUGGGACUUUGUUAGUCCAACUUCAGGGCAUAUCCUUAGGCUGUAAAGGUGGGCUGACCUUGUUUAUAUAUUUUAAAUCAUAAAUACGUGGUUUAGAAAACUGCCCCUCCUAUAUAUAUAUAUAUUUUCUUUCUUUCAGCUUUUGUUUUUGUUUUUAGGGUUCCAAGUGAAAACGGGAAACCCAUUACAGGUAUUUGAAUUUGUACAUUAAAAUAACUGUUCUGAUUUUUCUCAGAUACCUUGUAUUUUUAAUAAAAGUGAUAAUCUUGAACCCCUGCCUCUAGGUUAAACUUGAAAAUAAAACCUUACGUUGUUGUGAA